AUGAUCAAAUCACUUAUCCUAAGCUCUCUAAUAAUAGUUCAAUCUGCUUUUGCUAAAACUUCAUUUGGACCAUGCCCACAAGUUUAGCUAUUCGGUAACUUAGAUCCAGCUCAAUAUGCUGGAGACUGGUAUGAAAUUUACAGGGACAAGGACACAACAUUUGAAGCAGGAACUGAUUGCUGCAGAGUAAAAUAUACCAAGAUCUCUCAAAACUAGUUGUCGGUAUACAAUAGAGCAACAUACUCAGAUGGUAGAAUAAAUGAUAUCAAUGGAAGAGCUACAUGUAAUGGCUCAAGAUGCAAGGUAAAGUUCGAUUGGUAUAUACCAACUGGCCCUUACAAUGUCGUAGACACUGAUUACACAUCAUAUGCAAUUGUCUACUCAUGUACUAACUUCAUCUUUGGACUCUUUAAAAGUGAGAAUCUCUGGAUAUUAAGUAGAUAAACAACUCUUGCAACAGAAGAUGACAGAAAAACCACAAUCACCAAUAGAAUUUCAUCAUACAAUGUUGCCACAGAUCUUUACAAACCAACUCAAGGAGGUAGCUGUAGUUAUGGCUUUUGA